GGGGUCAUUAUCGUCGUUGAUUUGGACUCAUUUUCUCACACAGUCCGUUUCGCCCUGCUCAGUACUCACUCAUUCUCUACUAAAAAAUGCAGCAUUUUUUGACAGUUUGAAUCUCUUUGGAGUUGAAAAGCUAAGCAAUUUUCAGCAAAUGGAAGGCAUUGAAUCACAAGUAUACAUGCAGCAUCAGCCCACAACACUUGAUAAACACUACUUAGGGUUUCAUCAUCCUCAACCUCCUGACGGAACGUCGUCGUUUUCAUCCGAACAAGACCUUCGAAGCCCCGAGGAAAACGAGGUUGAUGAUGAAUUACUGCUGCAAAUUAUUGUUGAAGAGGUUCGGGAUUUGGUGUUGAACCAGGCAGUCAGUGAAGAGAAGUCGAAAAGUGAAGCGGUUGCGGCAAAAUCUGUAAAUCAAGAUGAAAUAGCUGUGCAAAUCAUCAAUGAAGAAGUUCGGAAUUUGGUGUUAAACCAGGCAGUAAGUGAAGAAUCCAAUAAGGCAAAGCCUGUAAAUGAAGAAGAGCUAGCUGUGCAAAUCAUCAAUGAAGAGCUUCGGAAGUUGGUGUUAAACCAGUCAUUUAGUGAAGAGAGAGCAAGAGAAGGAGAUAUAAAUGAAUCGGUUAAGGAAGUAUCUGAAAAUGUGAAAGGUGGUGAGGUGGUUUCAAAGGAAUGGGGAGCUGAUCAGUAUGAAGAUGAUGAGCAUAGUUGGAGGGAAAAUGUAAAUGUGGUUGAUGUGGGGAAUGAGGAAGGUGGCGAGGCGGGUUCAAAGGAAUGGGGAGUUGAUGACCAGUAUGAAGAUGGUGACUGUAGUUGCAGGGAACACGAAAAUGUGGUUGGUGUGGAAGAUGAGAAAGGCAGUGAGGCGGGUUCAAAGAAAUGGGGAGUUGAUCAUUACGAAGAUGGUGAUUAUAGUUGGAGCGAAGAUGCAAAUGUGAUUGAUGUGGAAAAUGAGGCAGGUUUAAAGGAAUGGGGAUUUAAUUGUUAUGAAGAUGGUGAUCAUAGUUGGAGAAGAAACGAAAAUGUGGUUGAUGUGGAAAAUGAGAAAGACGGUGAGGCAGGUUCAAAGUUAUGGGGAUAUAAUGCGAAUGGGAGGGGGUUGAUUUACCCGUUAAGACCUGAUGCCGAGGAUUGCGCUUAUUAUAUGAAAACAGGGGCUUGUAAAUAUGGAGUGAAUUGCAAGUUUAAUCACCCUUCCCCAAGACGAAAUCAGUGGUCCAUGGAGAAGGGCAAGAAAAAGGAAGAAAGUGAGGAAAGGGUUGGGCAGAUUGAAUGCAAGUAUUACCUAACAGAAGGAGGGUGCAAGUACGGAAAUGCCUGUAAAUAUAAUCAUAGUAGGAGAAAGGAUGCAAUUUCACCUGUUCUGGAUUAUAACUUUCUUGGCCUGCCAAUUCGACCAGGAGAGAAGGACUGCCCCUACUACAUGCGCACUGGCUCCUGCAAGUAUGGAUCCAAUUGCAGGUUUCAUCAUCCUGAUCCUACUACAGCGGCUGGAAACAAUCGUUCCUUUGGAUACAACAAUAGUGGAUCUGCCCCAGUACAAAGUGCCUCCUAUUCACCAGUGUCUUCUUGGUCUUCACCACGAGCAUUGAAUGAGACAUCUCCGUUCUUACCAGUGGUUUAUACAACAAGCAAAGGCAUUCCUCCUCCAGGUCCACAAUGGAACAGUUUUCUGACCACGGUCUGUCCAACCUUAGAGAAGAGCCUACCUACACCUCCAGCAUUUACUAUGGAUGAUCCAGCAACUAAGACAAACUUCUAUCCCCGACCUCAACAACCAUGGCUUGUUGAAGAAUACUACCCUGAACGUCCAGGUCAACCUGAUUGCAGUUACUUCAUCAAAACAGGAGACUGUAAAUAUAAAGCUAACUGCAAAUUUCAUCAUCCAAAGACUCAAAAUUUCAAGACAAACCUGAGUAUUCUCAGUAACAAGGGCCUGCCACUAAGACCAGGUCAACCUGUCUGUUCAUUCUAUAGCCGUUAUGGGAUUUGCAAGUUUGGACCUGGUUGUAAGUUUGACCAUCCAGAAAAUAAUGACAAUGUAGCUUCUCCUCCUGCGUUUGGUUUUUAUCAGCCCCCAUUUGGCAACUCUGCAACAACAGAUGGCUCGAGGAUGGCGAGGAAAGGAAAUGGAAAUGGCUCUCUAGUACACCAGUCGUUCUAAGAAAUCUUUGCAGGCAUUUUCAUCCGGCAAUUAGAAUAGAAAUCACAUGGCUUACAAAGAGACUAGAAACUCCUAUAGUCCUUUAAACGUUUUGUGUUGUCCAAAGCUCAAGCAAAUAGGAUUUGUAUAUUAUUGUAUGUUUUUGGACUGCAAGAUGGUAUAUGGGUGAUGAUGCAGCACUAUGUUAUUAGGAAUGUUAAUCAGAAUAUGCAACCCUUUUUUAAUUCUAGUUCUUGCUCGUGCAUGAAAGUUACAUUUCAAGGAUGGAUUGGCAUA